CCGGGCCCUUGGCCUGGCCCCUGCUGGGCAGCCUGCCCCAGAUCCUCUGGAAAGGAGGCCUCCAGAAGCAGCACGACGCGCUGGCCGCGUACCACCAGAAGUUCGGCCAGAUGUUCCGGCUGAAGCUGGGCUCCUUCGAGUCGGUGCACGUGGGCCGGCCGGGCCCGCUGCAGGACCUCUACCGCCGGGAGGGCCGCGCCCCCCUCCGCCUCCGCAUCGAGCCCUGGAAGGCCUACCGACACCUCCGCGGGGAGGGAGACGGCCUGCUCCUCCUGGAAGGAGAGGACUGGCAGAGGGUCCGAAGCGCCUUUCAAAAGAAGCUUAUGAAGCCCAAGGAAGUUAUGAAGCUGGACACCAAAAUCAAUGAGGUCCUGGGUGAUUUUAUACAAAGAAUAGAUGAACUCUGUGAUGAAAAUGGCAGAAUUAAAGAUUUGUAUGCUGAGCUGAACAAAUGGUCAUUUGAAAGUAUUUGUCUGGUGCUCUAUGAAAAGAGAUUUGGACUUCUGCAGAAGAAUGCUGGAGAUGAAGCUUUGGACUUCAUCAUGUCCAUAAAAACGGUGAUGAGUACAUUCGGUAGGAUGAUGGUGACUCCAGUUGAACUCCACAAACUUCUUAAUACCAAAGUUUGGCAAGCUCACACUGAAGCUUGGGACACCAUCUUUAAAUCAGUUAAAUCUUCCAUCAAUAACAGGCUGGAAAGAUAUUCUGAGAAGCCCAGUGAGGAUUUUCUUUGUGAUAUUUACCACCACAACUCGCUUUCUAAGAAAGAAUUAUAUGCAACAGUCACAGAGCUCCAGAUAGCUGCAGUGGAAACGACUGCUAACAGCUUGAUGUGGAUUCUCUAUAAUUUGUCUCGGAAUCCCCAUGUGCAAGAGACACUCCUUAAAGAAAUACAGACUGUGUUGCCAGAUAAACAGACGCCAAACGCCAAGGAUCUGCAGAAUCUUCCUUAUUUAAAAGCCUGCCUGAAAGAAUCUAUGAGAAUAACACCUUCGGUGCCAUUUACAACUCGGACUCUGGACAAAGAAACUACCCUUGAGGAAUACACCCUCCCUAAAGGAACUGUAGUGGUGCUAAAUACUCAGGUCCUAGGGACUAAUGAAGAAAGUUUUAAAGACUGGAGUAGGUUUAGGCCGGAGCGCUGGCUUCUGGAGAAGAAGAAAAUUAACCCAUUCACUCACCUUCCAUUUGGUAUGGGCAAGAGGAUGUGCAUUGGACGACGUUUGGCAGAGCUCCAAAUUCACCUCGCUCUCUGCUGGAUUGUGCGAAAAUACAACAUUGUUGCAACAGACAGCAAACCUGUGGAAAUACUGCACUUGGGCCUGCUCAUGCCUGAUAGAGAACUUCCCAUUGCUUUACGCCGACGAUAAGUUAGACCAGAUCCAAAAAUUGGUUGAAAUAAGAAGUGACAGAAUUGCAGAACUGUGGAGCUGGAAAUGACUUGAAGAGGCCGUUCACCGCCUUCAAACACCUCUUACUAGUUGGUAUCUUGUUAAUGGUUAAGGUGCAUGCCAAAACAUUUAUUUAGAAACCUGUAUCUGUGUUUGCUUCGGAAAUAUACUUUAGCUAAAUAUUGGUCA